AUGGCCGUGACUGCUGCCAAUGGAGCGGUGCCCUUCGGAAAGACCCCGUUGCCACGGUUGGUGCACUUCACUCGACCAGAUCAGCCAAAGAAGGCAGGCGGCGCGUUUCCUGUGCUGAUCUGGGAAGUCGCCCUCCGCAGCUGGCAACGCUUCUUUCCCCGCAGCCAGGGUUUUCGGCUGCGCGUUUGGCGCGAUCACAACCUGACGGAGUGCAUGCGGCAGGAGUUUCCCGAGUUUCUCCCCGACUUCCUUCGAUUGCCCGGUGGGAUCGAACGUUCAGAUAUCGGCCGCUACUGUGUCAUGCAUCAACAGGGCGGCAUCUACGCAGACUUAGACUACGAGGUAUUGGUCAAUUUCUUCGAAGAGCUUCCUACCUCCUUGGUGAGCCUUGUUGAGUGCAGAUCAAAGGAUCAAGGCUUGGAGGUCGAGAACUCAUUGAUGGCUUCUCCAGCACGGCAUCCCUUUUGGAGGCUUGCCAUCUCGAGCUGCUUUGAGACUCCAGGGCAACAUCGCUGGGAUGAUGCUCAGGGUGGCACAGGGCCCAGGCUACUCAGCCAGCUGCGGAGGAGCUCCGUCAACGCCUCAGAGAUGAUCCACGUGCUGCCGUGCCGAGAUUUUCAACGAGGCAUCCAGGCAGAUGCUGCAGCCGAGCGCUGUGGACACAUCUCCAGUGGACCAGGACAAAGAGGCAUUCACUGGAGCACCACUUCCCACACAUCCUUUGUAGGUGCUGCUCUGCGUGCAGAUGCCUUCUACGCAACGCAUCCAGAGCUUGCAAGUCGACCUCUCUUUGGGCGGACGGUGCAUGAUGUGGCAGCUCGUAGCGCCGAUGUGCCGUCGGUGGAACGAAGUGAGAGUGAGGCUUCGCAGCUCCUACAGGCUUGCCUUCAAGGGGCAGGAGUCAUUUCUGAUGAGCCACGGACGGCCGACCGACUGGGAGUGCCGAGCGGCAAUGAAGAGCCUCUACUGCGGGCUGUGGAGCUUCUGCGCUCUGCGGUGGCGCUUCGCCCGCAUGCUUCUGACUUGCGAUAUUUGCUGGGUUCGGCCUCUGACUCAGGGGCGGGGCUUUACACUCACAAGGACAGCGAUCAGAAGCUAUCUUCCAGUGCCUGGGGGGCAGAGCUCCAGGUCCUGGCUAUGCCGGUGGCUGGAAGGCUAGUGAAGUCCUCCAGUUGGUUGACCUGCUCGCAGGUUCUGUUGAACCUCCUUUGUCUGGACCCCCAGGGCCCCAGGGAUAUGGCACCACAACGAGCUCACUGGAGUUUGGUCACUGUACUCAACACUUCCGACACCGUAUUCAGCUUUCCCAUCGCCAACAGGAAAUCCUAUGACCUUCAACAAGAUCGAUGGGAAACAGCCCGAGUACUCAAUUCAGGUUGGCAAGCGGGCAAGAACACUGCUCGAAUUUUGGUCUUGUGUUUAGGCAAGUUUGUCGGUUUGGUGUGCAGACGAUCGGUGGCAGAAUCCGUGUUUACCGCUCAGCUGUUGAAAAGCAUGCGGGUGAAUGCAGUAGAAUUUGACAGCAUGGCAGAUCAUUUGCAUCAGACCAGCUCAUCAACAACGUCGGCUCCAUCAAAAAAUGACCAACCAGUUGAGUUUAUUGCUCUGUUAGUUCAUGAAGUGGUCACGAAGCUGAAAGCUUUGCAGCCACAGAAGACCGAAGGUCAAGCGCUUCGACGUGUACAAGCUUUGGAAGCGCAGCUCAAAGCAGCGCAAGAUCAGUUGGCAGAGACGACUCAACAGAAGUUGUCCAAGAUGUUUCCGCCUCAAGAGGCAUCAGCACCUUCGCUGCCAGAGGCUGCCGAAGGUUGUAUCAAAGAGUUCGACGACGCUUGUUUUCUCUCGGAUCGGUCCAUCAAAGUUGACCGCCUCUUCAUCAUUGUGAAGGCCAGCCUCAGCAGUCAUUAUUUCAGUGCACUUGGAAGUAUUUGGCGUCAAAUCCGAGGUUCGGAGGAUGGGAACGACGGCUUUUCAGGAUCGUCUCGAACGGCUCCUGACAAACAUGAAGGAUCGCCCACGCCUGGCAAGCCGCUGAGCUUGUGGGACUCGGCCACCUCCUACGAUAGCGCCGGCACGCUACAAGAUAUGGAUGAGGGCGAUCCCUUGGAGCUGACACACCGGUCGUCCUCGACGUCAACUGGAGGAAUUUUGAAGAACUCCUCCAAAGGGAGGCUGAAGAAACCCAUGACGCUCUUCCAGAAGCGUCCCUUGAACCGGACCUUCACGAACCUCUCGCUGCUCAGCACCUCCAGUACAGGUGCGUCCAUCAAGGCCAGCUCUUCCAGGGUUAAGGUCGCACCAGCGGAAGCACCACAGGAGUCUCAGCUAGAGGAAGUGACUCCGGUCGCGGAAGCCUUAUCGGAUCUGUCCGAAAGCAGCGAGGAGGAAUCGGAACAGGCUGCACCACAGCCAAAGCCAGCACAACCAGAAAGAAGACGGUCAGUGCAAAUCAGUGAUAUGAAGGAGGUGCGGGAACCUUCAGGGCUACCCAUCCACAUUAAUCGAGCACGAAGUCGAAGGAUAUCGGUCGUCAGCAACAUGUCCAAGUUAUCCGCGUCCUCCUUCUUCAUGCAGGAGAACCAAUCCACAGGUAUCUUGGGUAGAUUCCUUCGAGACCCGGAAUCUAGUUAUGCAGCCUACCUUUUUGCGAAUCUUUGGAACUACUUCAUUGCAGUGACGGUGUUGCUCUCGUUGUCGCAGACCAUCAAAUCACCCCCCGUGAGUGGUCUCGCUGUGGGGAUUUUGGAAACGGUCAUCGAAAGCAUCUUCCUGCUGGAGUGUGUGGCAGAGAUGGCAAUAGAAGUGCAGAUGCAGCGCUUCGACAUGACGAAAGCAGGGUAUACCUUAAUAGACGUGCUGGCAGUUGCACCAUUGCCCAUUCGAGCGGCUACAGGCUUUGUCAUACCCACUUUGGCUGAAGAGCCCUUCUCGCACUAUACCUUGGUUUGUCUAGUCCCAAUGCUGCGGCUCCUAAAGCUCAUUCGUCGUUUUGGCCAAAUCCAGCUGCUGGCGCAUGUCUUCCGGACCACAGGUGACGCACUGAAGUUCCUUCUCUUUUUGGUGUCCAUCAUCGUCUUAUUGUUCUCCACCUUGCUCUACAUUCUGGAACCCACCGAAAACGUGGACUCCAUGUUCACGGCCAUGUGGGUCAGCACGGUGACGGUCACCACGGUCGGCUACGGGGAUAUAACCCCCAUCACUUUGUCGGGAAAUAUGCUCAUGGGAGGUUUGUGCUUUUUCAGUUCGCUAUUUAUGGCCAUGCCCAUCAGCGUCCUUGGGAAUGCCAUGUCCCAUGCUUGGACGGAUCGGAAUCGCAUCUUGCUCAUGGCCCGCACGCGGCAGCGCCUGAAACGCCAUGGCUUCACUGCGGAAGAUCUGCCCAGGCUCUUCCGACAAUAUGACGGGAAUCAAACAGGCGACCUGACCAUGGACGAGUUCUGUGAUAUGAUUGUCAAGAUGAAGGUUGGAAUGGGACCAAGGGAGGCGGAAGAGUUGUUCGAGCUCUUUGACAUGGACGGCAGCGGCGGUAUUGAUGACAAAGAGUUUAUGAAGGUGCUCUUCCCAGAUGACUAUCGCCGAAUCUUUUUGCGGUCAGAGAGCAUGAAGAGAAUCACCACUGGUGACGCCAGUAAGUCACUAGGACCUCAGUGA